GCAUUUGGAGAGGAUUAACUCACUGAUCCUGAGAGAUAAAGAAGAACAAAAGACAUUUUUUUGUACUAUGACUAGUCAGGAAGAUACGCAGACAGACCUUCAUCACUGCUUAGAGUGUGGAAAAAGUUUUAGGGAUGUGAAGGAUCUCAAAGCACACCAGCUCAUCCACAGACAGGACAAGCCACAUCAGUGCUCAUUGUGUAGAAAGAGUUUCAUUUACAAAUGUCUUCUCCAGAGACAUCAGCGUGUUCACACAGGAGAGAAGCCGUAUCAGUGCUCACAGUGUGGGAAAAGAUUUCCUCGCCAGGACAAUCUUCACAACCACCAGCGCAUCCACACAGGAGAGAAGCCGUAUCAGUGCUCACAGUGUGGGAAAGGAUUUCCUUACCAGGUUAAUCUAAAACAUCAUCAAUGUGUUCAUACAGGAGAGAAGCCGUAUCAGUGUUCACAGUGUGGGAAGAGUUUUACUCAUCAGGGUAAUUUAUAUCAACACCUCAGAAUUCAUGCAGAUAAAAAAACAUUUAUCUGCUCACAGUGUGGGAAAGGAUUUAUUCAGCAGUUUAAACUCCUGCAUCAUCAGCGCAUCCAUACAGGAGAGAAGCCCUAUCGGUGCUCACAGUGUGGAAAGAGUUUUAUUAACACAAGUUAUUUAAAGGCACACCAACGAAUUCAUACGGGAGAGAUGCCGUAUCACUGCUCACAGUGUGGAAGGGAUUUUAAGCUGGAGCGUUAUCUCCUCCAGCAUCAGCGCAUUCACACUGGAGAGAAGCCGUAUUACUGCCCUGAGUGUGGCAAAAGUUUUAAUAAGCUGAGCCAAUUCCAAACACAUGUGCACAUCCAUACUGGAGAGAAGCCUCAUAGCUGCUUACACUGUGGAAAAUGUUUUAAUGACAAAAGUACUCUCAAGGUACAUCAGCGCAUUCACACAGGAGAAAAGCCAUAUCACUGCUCAGAGUGCGGGAAGAGUUUUACUGAUCCAUCAGCAUUCAAGGCUCACCAGAGGAUUCACACGGGAGAAAAGCCUUAUAGCUGCUCGGAGUGUGGGAAGAGCUUCACUCAGAUAAGCGCUCUCAAAGAACACCAACGUAUUCACACUGGAGAAAAGCCCUAUCACUGCUCAGAGUGUGAAAAAUGUUUUACUCACUCAAGUAGUCUCAAAAGACACCAAGCUCUUCACAUAAAGAGAAAAAAACAGCAAAGACCCAGUAAAUCACCUUCAGAGCUUUUAUCUUCUUACAUAUGGAAAUCUGACUCUCCAAAACAACCAUUGAACAUAUCGAUGGAUAGAAAUAGAGGAAAAGCUCUGGGGAGAAUCAGGAGCAAGAAUGUAUGUUCCCAUGUAGAAAAAAAGAUAAAGAAGAGCAAAAGAGAAAUGAAGAAGAGCAAAAGACAUAUAAUUUGUACUAUGACCAGUCAAGAAGAAACUCAGACAGACCUUCACCACUGCUUAGUGUGUGGAAAGAGUUUUAGUCAAAAGAAGGAUCUCACAGCACACCAGCUCAUCCACAGACAAGACAAACCGCAUCAGUGCUCAGAAUGUGGAAAGAGUUUCAUUUAUAAAUGUCUUCUUGAGCGGCAUCAGCGCACUCACACAGGAGAGAAGCCGUAUCAGUGCCCACAGUGUGAAAAGAGUUUUGCCUAUUUGAGUAAUUUAUAUCAACACCUCCGAAUUCAUACAGGGCAGAAACCAUUCACAUGCUCACAGUGUGGGAAAGGAUUCACUCAGCAGUUCAGUCUUAAAACACACCAGCGCAUCCAUACAGGAGAGAAGCCGUAUCAAUGCUCACAGUGUGGAAAGAGUUUUGCUUGUCAGAGUAAUUUAUCUAAACACCAACAAAUUCAUACAAGAAAUAAACCAUUUACCUGCUCACAGUGUGGGAAAGAAUUUACUCACCAGUUUAAUCUCAAAACACACCAGCGUAUCCAUACAGGAGAGAAGCCGUAUCAGUGCUCACAGUGUGGAAAGAGUUUUACUCAAUAUAGUACUCUCCAACAACACCAGAGCAUUCACACAGGAGUGAAGCCUUAUUACUGCUCGGAGUGUGGAAGCAGCUUUAAGCGAAAGGUUGAUCUCCAGCAACAUGAGCGCAUUUACACUGAGGAGAAGCCUUACAUUUGCUCAGAGUGUGGAACAGGUUUUAAGGUAAAGAGGUCUCUCCAGCAACAUCAGCGCAUUCACACUGGAGAGAAGCCAUAUUACUGCACAGAGUGUGACAAGAAUUUUAACCAUGGGGGUAAUUUCCAAAAGCAUCUGCACAUGCAUACUGGAGAGAAACCGUUUAGCUGCUCAGAGUGUGGAAAAAGUUUUAAUGAAAAAAGUACUCUCAAGGUACAUCAACGAAUUCAUACAGGAGAACGACCGCAUCAGUGCUCAGAGUGUGGAAAGAGUUUUAUCAGUGCGUCAGGAUUCAAGUCUCACCGGCGGGUACACACUGGAGAAAAGCCUUAUAACUGCUCAGAGUGUGGGAAGAGCUUUACCCAGUCAGGGGAUCUUAAAAGGCACCAAGCUGUUCACAUGAAGCAAAGCAGACAAAAUCAAGAGGAAUGUUGGAUUCUGCUGUACAAUAACAAUGUUGUAGGUAUUAUUUGUACUAUGACUAGUCAAGAAGAUACUCAGACUGACCUUCACCACUGCUUAGAGUGUGGAAAGAGUUUUAGUCAAGAGAAGCAUCUCACAGCACACCAGCUCAUCCACAGACAAGACAAACCACAUCAGUGCUCACAGUGUGGAAAGAGUUUCAUUAUUAAAUCUCUUCUCCAGCGACAUCAGCGUGUCCAUACAGGAGAGAAGCCGUAUAACUGCUCACAGUGUGGGAAAGGAUUUUCUCACCAGUUCAAUCUCAAAGCACACCAGCGCAUCCAUACAGGAGAGAAGCCGUAUCAGUGCUCACAGUGUGGAAAGAGUUUUACUCACUGUAGUACUUUCCAACAACACCAGAGCAUUCACACAGGAGAGAAGCCGUUUCAGUGCUCUGAGUGCUGGAGGGGUUUCAGGAGAAAGGUUGAUCUCCAGAAUCAUGAGCGUGGUCACACUGGGGAGAAGCCUUAUGUCUGUUCAGAGUGUGGAAAGAGUUUUAAAGGGAAGAGGUCCCUCCAGCAACACGAACAUAUUCACACUGGGGAGAAGUCAUAUUACUGCUCUGAGUGUGGCAAAAGUUUUUAUCGUGCAUUUCAUUUUCAGCAACAUGUGCGCAUACAUACUGGAGAAAAGCCGUAUAGCUGCUCACAGUGUGAAAAAUGUUUUGCAGAAAAAAAUAACCUAAAAAAACAUCAGCGGGUUCACACUGGAGAAAAGCCGUAUCACUGCUCCGAGUGUGGAAAGAGUUUUGCCCAAACAGGUGAUCUGAAAAGACACCAAACGAAGCACACUAAGUGAAGGAGACUUCAUCUGUCAUGAAAUACAUGGCUGGACUUACCGUAAAAUCAUAAUGUUGUGUAGGUGAGAUCUGUCCAAUACCUUUUUGGAGAGGAUAUGUAACUCAAACACUUUAAAAUAAACCUAUUUAAAAGCA